CCCUAUCGGAACAUGACAGCUUGCUAAUGUGGAAACUCCAAUUGGAUAUAUCGUGACCUUUGAUUUAUUAAUAUCUACUGCAGUUCAGCUCUCGAUAAGUUACUUUGUUAAAAUAGUGCCUGCAUAUUGAACAUUGUAUAUUAAGAAAAUUCUUUAACUUAAAACCAGCCUGUGUUGACCCAGGGCAUUUGUAAAAAUGAUAUUUUUAUUUCUCUUUUUAUUCAUGAUUCACAAUAAACGAAGCCUGUGUCUUGAGGCGGCAUCGCUUCAAUCGAAUAACUGGUUAUAGCAGAUUUUCGGUAAUGACUUACUUGCGCACGCAUAUCUAUGUUUUUGUAUUUCAGGACUGAACGUACGACAGUUUGCAGUGGUAAAGCACAGUCUGUGUAAACAUGGCUGACGAUGGAAAGAAGAUUUCAUUUGGAUUUUCAAAAUCCAUUAAAAAGACAGCCCUGAAAGUUAUACCACCACUGGAACAAAAGAAAGUCGACUUCAUCGAGUGUCUUGAUGAGAAAGCCAUCAAAGUAAUUGGUGGAGAGGAAAAAAAAGAUGAACCACUCGUCAUUCCUAUGCUAGGUUCUAAAACUUGGCACGAUAGGAUUAUUAAUAAAAUCGAUGCUGACGUAUUUGAACCUAAAACUAAACCAGUAGAAAAUGGGACUGUUCCACAAAUUAAUAUUAAACAAGAACCUACUGACGAAGUUUUAAACAGCGAUGUACCUAUGCCAGACACAGUGGUUCCCUCCAUAGAACCAACUGCUCAAGUUAAAAUGGAAACUGGUGAUGUACAUAGUGAAUCACCUAAAACAUUAGAGGAACAGGCAGCUCAAGAGAUAAUUGAAGAUCUCAAAUCAAAAGAUACGAAAGUAGAGAAGCCUAAUGUUUUAACAGUAUCCGUUGGAGAGAGUCAAUCACUCAAAGGACAGGCAGAGUCGACACUGGAGGACUAUGAACAAAUUCCGAUAGAUGCUUUUGGACUAGCCAUGUUACGUGGUAUGGGUUGGCAUCCAGAUAAAGGAAUUGGUAAAAAUGAAAGGGUAGUAUCAGCAGCAUUACCUGAAUUGAGACCAAAAGGUAUGGGUCUUGGAGCAGACAAAGUAACUUUACAAAAACAAAAUGGAACACCUAAAACUAAGGAAGAAGAAGACUUGAAACUUGUUAAGGGAGCAUUUGUAAAAAUAAUUGCGGGAAAACAAAGCAAUAAUUAUGGUCAAAUUGAGGGACUCGACGAUGACGCUGGAAGACUAAUUGUAAAAAUGGCUCUUGGAGAGAAUACGUUAUCCGUCAAUGAAUUCAUGGUUCAACCAGUAACCAAAGCAGAGUAUUCAAAAAAUGCUAAAGUUUUGAAUGCUACAAAGUACGAGGAAUACAAAAAUAAAGAAGAAACGUCAAAGGUUAUUCAAGUAUCUAGCGAUGAUGAAAAUGAUAAGAAGACAGAGAAAUUGGAUAAUAAAAGAGAGCGUAAGAAAGAAAAAUUGAAAAAGCAUGAACGCUCCACUGAUACAGAGAGCAGUACCGAAAGGAAGUCAAGAAAAAGGAAGAGUAACGACAACAGCGAAGAGGAGAAAGAAAAAAAAUCAAAGAAAUCCAAAAAGUCCAAAAAACACAAAAGACAAGACAGUUCUUGCGAGAGAUCCAGUAGAAAGAAUAGAAAGAAAGACAAGGAACGUGAAAAAAGAAAAGACAAGAGAACGGGAUACUCAGAUUCACUGGACCGAAGAAAACACAAGAAGCACAAGAAGUCACGUUCCAGAUCGCCCCGGAAAUAAUGAUUAAUUUUUUUUUAAAUUAUAACUGACGCCAACGUGUCAUUUUAUUUUUACGCUUUUAUAAUAAAACUUACCUGAUAAAAUAUUGUUCCGAAAAUUAAAAAAAACUUGUAAAUAUUUUAAUUACUUUUAAUUAGUAUCCAAAAAUUCUAAGAAAUAACAAAGAACUUGAAGAAUCUGGAAAAAAAAUCUCAAUCUUAGUUUUUGAAAGAACUUCACAUUAAAUUGAUUAAACUCAAUACUACCUAUAGGUAUGGAUCACGAAUCCUUGACGUGAUUGCUCCUAUCUUUCUAAGAUUAAACGCACAUUUUAUAUUAAAAGAGCGCAAUAAAGGAUAUCAUGUUCUGCUUA